UCUGCUUCCGUUACCCUCAAUUUCACCAUGAACCAAUCGACCACUGGGUUUCAAAACCCAAUAGGUUAUUACGAUCCAGCAGUUCAGGAGCUUAUUGUUAUUGAUGAUGUGCUCUCGGCUAUGGUUGCGGUUGAAGGACGAUAUAUUUUAAUCAAAACGGUUCGCGGAAAGAAGGAUGAUGUUACUUUCCUGGUUGACCCUUCCAUGGAUUUGGCACUACAGGAGUUGGCAAAGCGAAUAUUUCCUCUUUGUAGGAGCUAUCUGUUGAUCAACCAAUUUGUGGAGUCAAGGUCUCAGUUCCAGAAUGGUCUAGUUAAUCAUGCCUUUUCUGCUGCACUGAGGGCACUUCUUAUCGAUUACCAGGCCAUGGUGGCACAGCUUGAGCACCAAUUUCGUCUUGGGAGACUUUCCCUUCAAGGAUUAUGGUUCUACUGUCAGCCGAUGAUGAGGUCAAUGCAGGCAUUAUCUACUGUCAUACAGAUGGCUUCAGUCAACAAUUUUUCUGGUUCUGCUGUGCUUAACUUACUGCAGAGUCAGGCAAAGGCUAUGGCGGGAGAUAAUGCUGUCAGGUUAUUGCUAGACAAGAUGGCACAAUGUGCAAGUAGUGCUUACAUGAGCAUAUUAGAAAGAUGGGUCUAUGAAGGAGUGAUAGAUGAUCCCUAUGGUGAAUUUUCAUCGCAGAGGACAAUCUCCAAGAGAAAGGAUAGUCUCACCCAAGAUUAUGAAGCUAAGUAUUGGCGACAACGUUACAGCCUCAAAGAUGGAAUUCCUAGUUUCCUUGCAAAUAUUGCGGGGACAAUUUUGACCACGGGGAAAUAUCUAAAUGUCAUGAGAGAGUGUGGGCAUAAUGUUCAGGUCCCUCCAUCAGAAAAUUCAAAAUUAAUGAGCUUGGGUUCAAAUCAUCAUUAUCUUGAAUGUAUUAAGGCUGCUUAUAACUUUGCAAGUGGUGAACUCUUGAAUCUCAUCAAGGAAAAGUAUGAUCUAACCGGAAGGCUGCGGUCUAUAAAACACUACCUUCUUCUUGAUCAGGGUGAUUUCUUAGUACAUUUUAUGGAUAUUGCUCGAGACGAGCUAGCUAAAAAGCCUGAUGAAGUCUCAGUUGAGAAGCUGCAGUCUCUUCUAGACCUUGCUUUGCGUACUACAGCAGCUGCAGCAGAUCCUUUUCAUGAAGGCUUGACCUGUGUGGUGGAAAGGUCUUCUUUGCUUAAAAGGUUGGGCACCUUUAAUGAUCUUGAAGUUAGUCAGCGAAAUUCUGGCAACAAUGAUCUUCUUGAAGAACCUGUUAGCAUCACUUGCCUUGAAACAUUUUCACUAAGUUAUAAGGUGCACUGGCCAUUGUCUAUAGUAUUAUCACGUAAAGCCCUUACAAAGUACCAGUUAAUUUUUCGAUUUCUCUUCCACUGUAAACAUGUUGACCGUCAGCUGUGUGGAGCAUGGCAAGUACAUCAAGGAGUUCGUGCUCUCAAUACACAUGGAACUGCUAUCUCCAGAUCAUCUCUUCUUUGUCGUAGUAUGCUUAAAUUUAUCAAUAGCCUUUUGCACUAUUUAACAUUUGAGGUUAUUGAACCCAACUGGCAUCUGAUGUACAACAGACUUCAGUCAGCAAAUAGCAUAGAUGAGGUUAUACAACAUCAUGAUUUUUUCCUUGAUAAAUGUUUGAGAGAAUGUUUACUUCUUUUACCUGAGCUGCUGAAGAAGGUGGAGAGGCUUAAGUCCAUGUGCCUUCAGUAUGCAGCAGCAACUCAGUGGCUUAUAUCAUCAUCUAUUGUAUUACAUAGCCCAGAGGAACCUAAUGAUGAUUCAGUUAGAUCCAAGCAACGGAAAUCAGGUCAGAUCCUGAAGUCAACCACCAACAAUGCGGCAGUCACUGAUUCUGUUCUCAAAUUUGAGAAGGAAUUUAAUGCUGAACUUCAGAGUCUUGGAUCAGUCUUGAGUAGUAGCUCCCAUGCAGAGCCGUAUCUGGCCCAUCUUGCACAAUGGAUUCUUGGUGUGAAACAUGAACGUAAUGGUUUGUGAUUCGUUUUAACUGGAUUAUCUGUAAUAUACUUAAUCAAUCGUGUGUAUGUUACUGUAAUUUUCGAGUGUGGGUGUUAACUCUGCAUUUUUGUAAUCCCCGAGCACUUUGUGGAUUGAAUUCAAAUAUACUUGGGUUCUUUUUAUUGAAAAUGUUUAGGUUUCAGUUUCACUAUUAA